AUGUUAUUAUUAGAUCUCACAUUUAAUAUUCUCGACAUAUUGCUUAAAACAGAUAAUACCAUUCAAUUGAUGCUUCAUUUAUUGCAAGAUGCAUUAAUUGUACUUAGUAUUAUUAUUAUUCUCAUUGCUUUCUCAUCAACAUUUGUCUUUCAAGCAGGCCUUAUUACUUUAUUGCUCAAAAAAUUUGCAUCAACAAUUAUUCUAUCUUUAAUAUAUCUUUUAUUAUCUGUACUUCUUCAUUUUUAUGAUAUGCGUCAACGUUGGACCACUACAAACCAAAGUAAAUGGUCAUUGACUUUUUUUAUAUUGUAUAUUUUGCAACGAAUCACAGCAAUAUUAUAUUAUUUCACAUAUAAAAGAACGAUAUUACUAUUAUCAAAUCCCAAAUAUCAUCAUGAUUCAGAAUGGAUUCGUGAACAAAUACGUCAAAAAAAUUAA